AUAUGAUAAACUUUUCCAACGACAAUAAUUCUAGUGGCGUCUCAAAUCUUGAUCAUUUUUGUUUGUCUCUCUCUCUCCUCUUCAAGCCACUAGUGUCUAGUCAUUCAUGAGCCAAACAAAAAUUUUAUAAAAUUUUAUAAAAUAAAUAAUAAUAAUGUAUUGUAACAAAGAAAUAGUAGUAGAAAUCCCAUAAUAUAUCAUUGGCAAGAUCUCUAUAUCUUCUCAACAACACAACUUUAGGUUUUAACCAAGUCUUUGUAUUAUCUUCUCUAAUUAACUUAUUAUUUAUCAUUUUGCUUCAAUUUUUUUGAAUUUUUUCUGUCACCCAUUUCAUUAUAUCUCUCAAAGAUUCAAACUUUAUAAGUUUGAUCGAUUAAUAUGAGAUUUUGAGCACUUGGGUUGGAGUAAUUUCGCCGGAAAAUCAUGCCUCCGGCAGAAAUUAUGCCGGAAAAUUUAGAAUCAUUGCCGUGUUCUUCUUCAAUGGCGUCUGAUUUUCCUGAUCUUAGAGGUGUUAGAUGGCGUAUAAAUCUUGGGGUUCUUCCUUCUUCUUCUCUCUCCUCCACCAUUGAUGAACUUCGUCGUGUUUCUGCUGAUUCUCGACGCCGAUAUGCUGCUUUAAGGAGGCGCCUCCUUGUUGAUCCACAUUUAACCAAAUUUAGGGAUGAUUCUCGAGAUCUAGUUGUGGAUAACCCACUUUCCCAAAAUCCAGAUAGCACAUGGGGACGCUUCUUUCGGAAUGCAGAGUUGGAACAAAUGGUUGACAAAGAUUUAUCUCGCUUGUAUCCUGAGCAUGGUAGUUAUUUCCAGACACCAGGAUGUCAAGGCUUGUUGAGGCGAAUUUUGUUGCUGUGGUGCCUUCGGCAUCCAGAAUGUGGUUACAGACAAGGGAUGCAUGAACUCUUAGCUCCUUUAUUGUAUGUACUUCAUGCUGAUAUUCAGCGUUUCAAUGAAGUUCGUAAACUUUAUGAAGAGCACUUUGUGGACAAAUUUGAUGAGUUUUUGUUGCAUGAAAGUCAAAAUUUCAACUUUAAGAUAUCUGCAAAUACUCUAGAAGAUGAGAUGGACCCUCAGGAAAAACCCAGAAAGCAUACAAGUCUUUCUGAUCUUGAUGCCAACGUACAGACUAUUGUUCUACUAAGUGAUCCUUAUGGGGCAGAGGGUGAGCUUGGCAUUGUGUUAUCUGAAAAGUUUUUGGAACAUGAUGCAUACAAUAUGUUUGAUGCUUUAAUGAGUGGGGCUGGUGGUGCUGUAGCCAUGGCUGAUUUUUUUUCCCAUCCGCCUGCCAGUGCCACCCCAACUGGCUUACCUCCGGUUAUUGAAGCUUCAUCGGCACUUUACCACUUGCUUUCCAUUGUUGAUACCUCGUUGUACAAUCACCUUGUUGAAUUGGGUGUUGAACCUCAGUACUUUGCUCUUCGCUGGUUACGUGUUUUAUUUGGGCGCGAGUAUUCUCUCGAGGACUUGUUGGUUAUAUGGGAUGAGAUAUUUUCUUUUGACAACAGUGCAGCUGUUACAGCUUCUAAAAAUGAUCCUGGGGUCUUGAACUCCCCCAGGGGAGCAUUUAUUUCUGCGAUGGCUGUUUCCAUGAUGCUCAAUGUGAGAUCUUCUCUACUUGCCACCGAAUAUGUCACUUCUUGCCUCCAGAGAUUACUCAAUUACCCUGGAAAUGUAGACCUGGAGAAGUUGAUAGGAAAGGCAAAAUCUUUGGUGUCCCUUGCUUUAGCUGCUAACGUGCCUUCACAUUCUACUCCAACGAAUGGGAAAUCACUUGGCUACCAGAGCAAGCAAAUGGCUGUGAAAGGACAUGCUCAUAGCCUCUCAUUUGAUUCAAGUGCUCCGGUAACACCAGUGAGUCUUGUACCCGAAAGAUAUUGGGAAGAGAAAUGGAGAGUUGCUCAAGAGGAAGAAGAAACCAAAAAGGAAAAGGCCAAAGAAGCAUCACCUCGAAGGAAGGGUUGGACAGAGAAAAUCAAAUUAAGAUUAUCUAGGACGGAAUCUGAGCCGUCCCCAUCAAAAAGAGAAACCAGACAGAGGGAUAAAAAACCAUCUGUCAGAAGAAGCUUGCUUGUAGAUUUGUCCCAGCAGCUGAAGUUUGGGGAAGAUUCUGAAGAAACAGGACUUGAUAAAUUGUCAUGCCUUGGGGUUGAGGAUCCCCUUUAUAUAGAGUCCGAUGCAGUUGUUCAAGAUGAAGGGCAUGAUAGUUUCGAAUAUAAUGACAAGAGAUGUUCAGGCCUAAGUACUACCAGUGAAGAGCAUUCUCCUACUUUUUCAGAGCCAUUGAGUCCUGCUGAAAAUGACUCAGAGAAGAGCAGUAUAGAAUCAAAUAGAUCCCAUGAUACAAUUGAUGAUGGAACCCAACAUUUUUCUUCGUUUCAGUCUACUGUGGAAGAGUCACAGACUGCUGCAGAAGAUCCACCCUUACCAAUUUCUGUUGCUCCUGAAGCAAAUGCUUAUGGAGUAUCUGAUUCAGAUCGUAGCUCCAAAGAUCUAGCACCAACUAUUUCAAAGGAACGGAAAAGUUUGUCUGGUAAGUUUCAGUGGUUAUGGAAGUUUGGACGCCAGUCUUCUGGUGAGGGAAGUUCUGAUAGAAGACCUGAGGUUGAGGAUGUCGAAUCAGCUGAUGGUGGAAGUCUCCAGGGGAAAAAACCUUGUUCUUCUGUUGAUGAGACAAAAGACUGUCAUGUGAAUAUAAAAUCAGACGGCUGUGACCAGAAUUUAUUAUGUACUUUAAGGAACCUUGGGCAAUCUAUGCUGGAAAAUGUUCAGGUAAUCGAGUCAGCCUUCCAGCAAGAAAAAAAUCAAACUGGCUCAUUAGAUAACCUUUCCAAACAUGCCCUUGUUGAGAAAGGGCAAGUAACAGCAAUAACUGCUCUUAAGGAGCUUCGGAAUAUCAGCAACCUUCUGCGCGAGAUGUGAGACUGGUUUAUCCUUACUCUGUUAUCUGUAUAUAAGUAUAACUAUAUCAUAUUGUUUUCGUAUAUAUACACAGAAUAAGAGAAUUAUGUAUUAGCUCAACUGUGUUAGAUUGAAUUUAUGUGAGCGCUUGUAGUGCAAUUUGUAAAUGAGAAAUGCCAUUCUUCCUAUUUGAUAAACUGUUGUCAGUUAGUCCAUUUUGUCAAUCAAUUGCAGAGAAAGUUCCAGUUUAA